CUUGCUAUUUCUCUUGUGUUUAACACUAAAAAUUAUUGUUUAUUAUUUAAAAAAAAACACCUUUAAAAAGAAAUUUUCGCUAAAAAUCAAACUUAUUUUAUUAAAAAAAAAAAAUUCUUAUCUUAUCUGGGAGAAAUAUAUGCAGGAAUAUAUUGAAUUACAUUGCAUUAAAUUGUUUAUUCCCAUUUAGGCACAUUAUGAAUUGGAAGAAAUAGUAACUAACCAUAUUUCGGUCAGCAGCAGUGGCCAAAUAAAGCGUAAUUAAAAAAAAAACCAUAUUUCGGUCGUGGUCAGUACCAGUGGAAAGAAAACAAUAUUUACGUGCAAAUUUGGAAUUGACUAUCUAAUCUGUUAUACGGUAAAUGUCUGAUUGAAUACAAAAGGCGCCAAAUAAAUCGCGUUCAACAGUUCAAUGGCAACUAAAUUGAAGGACUUAGUUCGCAUUUCUAGUGAUAACGAGGAAGUAGAAAAUUUUUCCGAGGAAUCCGAUAUCGAUUUAGACUUCCAACCCAGUAAAAAAAAGAAAAGCGCCAGUGUAGAUUUUGAUUCUCACUUUAGUUUCGUAAGUUCGGUGAAAGAAUACAAUCAGGAUGUUUGGAAUGAUGUUAGGAAAUAUAUUAAGAGAAAAGCCAAAUCAAAAACGGAUGACAAAAUCAAGAAGGUGCGGGAAUCCGCCAACAACGAUAACAAUGUCAAACCAAGCAUCGACUCAGAUACGGAAAUAACGAUUGAAGAUGAUGAGUUACAGCAUGAUAAAAUAAGGUUAAAAACUCUCAAAAACCAAUCGAAGGAAGAACUUAGUGAAAAUGUAACUAACGAAGAUGAAGGCGUAAAUUUUUAUCAAAUGGGAUUAUCAAGACCUUUGUUAAAAUCAUUAUCGGAUUUAAAAUUUGUUUACCCUACACAAAUUCAGCGUUCAACUAUUCCAGUAGCACUAGCAGGAAGGGAUAUUUGCGGCUGUGCUACUACAGGAACUGGAAAAACUGCAGCAUACAUGUUACCAACUUUGGAAAGACUUUUGUACAAACCUGCCGAAGGGUCAAGUAUUACCAGGGUCUUAGUUCUUGUGCCUACAAGAGAGUUGGGUGUGCAAGUGUACCAGGUGACCAAACAACUUUGUCAGUAUACAGAGAUUCAUUUGGGUUUAGCGGUUGGUGGCUUGGACUUGAAAACUCAGGAGAAUGUUUUGCGGAAGAAUCCCGAUAUAGUUAUUGCGACUCCUGGUCGUUUGAUAGACCAUUUAAAAAGUACCCCCACAUUUUGUCUGAAUUUUAUUGAAGUACUAAUUCUGGAUGAAGCUGAUCGCAUGCUGGAUGAAUUUUUCGCAGAGCAGAUGAAAGAAAUUAUUAAGCAGUGUUCAACAAAAAGGCAGACAAUGCUUUUCUCUGCUACUAUGACAAGUGAAGUGGAAAAUUUAGCUUCUUUAUCUCUUGUUGAGCCUGUGAAGAUUUUUGUUGAUGACAAUAAAAGUGUAGCCUUUAAUCUUCGCCAGGAAUUUAUCAGGAUUAGAGAGAACAAGGAAGACGAUAGGGAAGCAAUUUUAUGUGCACUGGUGUGUCGGACGUUCAAAGAGAACUGUAUAAUUUUUGUGAGAACCAAAAAACAAGCUCAUAGAAUUCAUAUAUUGCUCGGACUGUUAGGUUUAAAGGUGGCAGAGCUGCAUGGAAAUUUGACUCAACCCCAGCGCAUAGAAGCUUUAGAAAAAUUCAGGAAUAGGGAGGUUCAUAUAUUAAUAGCAACAGACGUUGCGGCUAGAGGUUUGGAUAUUCCCGAUGUUCAAAGUGUAAUAAACUACAUGAUGCCCUAUACAGUAGAACAGUAUAUUCACAGAGUUGGACGAACAGCAAGAGCAGGUCGUGCAGGAGUAUCGGUUAGUUUGGCAAAUGAGCAAGAAAGGAAAAAUGUUAAGGAAAUUAUAAAAAAGAGUAAGAAUCCAGUGAAAGUAAGAGUGAUACCACCAGAGAUAAUCAAUAAGUAUAGACAAAGGUUAUCAAAACUGGAACCUCAGAUUGAACAAAUUUUUAAAGAAGAGGAAGAAGAAAGGUUGAUUGCGAAGGCCGAGAUGCAAGUUAAAAAGGCGGAGAAAAUGAUAGAGGGAAAAAAGAAGGAAAUGAAGAGGCCCUGGUUUCAGACCAAGCAGCAAAGGAAAAAAGAGAAGGAAAAUUUAAAGAGUGUAAACGUAAAUAUUGUAAAGAAACAGAAGAAAAAUGCAGAAAAAUUUAGUAAACGCGAAGUGGGCAAGCAUAAAAGCAAACAAAAAGUGUCUGUAAAGACCAAACCAGAACAGAAAAAAAACAAGAAACGAAAAACAUUUUUUUAAACAUGUGAAUUUUGUUAUGCACAAUGUGUUUAUAUUAAUAAACAGUUAACAAUAAAUCAGCUUCGAUAUUUUUAUUAAUUUUUAUAUAUAG